AUGGAGGGUUUGGUGACUGAUUUGGGGAAGACAUUUGUGGAGAAAAUGGUAAACUGGACAAUAAAAAAGUCACGUUAUAUAUUUUGCUUUAUGUGCAUAGUUAAGGAAUUUGAGCAAGAAAAGGUGAAGUUGGAAGCAGAAAGGAAAACUAUGAAGCAACAUUUUAAAGUGGCAAUCGGAAAAAAUAAAGAUAUUCAAUUUAAUGCUCAAUUUUGGGAAGAGCAGGCUGCCAAGCUCAUUGAAGAGGAUACUAAGACAACACAAAUAUGUCUUUUUGAAUUGUGCACUCAUUGCAUAUGGAGAUACAAAAGGGUAGAGGAUUUGAAGAUUCAUGGAUUUAGUUAUGAUUAUUUGAAGGAUGAAAAAUCUAAGGCAUUGUUUCUCUUAUGCUCUAUGUUCCUAGAAGAUGAAGAAAUUUCUAUUGAAAUUCUAACUAGACUUGGCAUUGGAGUUGACCUUUUUGGAGAAGAUUAUUCUAUCUACGAAGAUGCUCGAAGUCGAGUAGUUGUUGCAAAAAAUAAACUCUUAGAUUCGUGUUUAUUGUUGGAAAAACGAGAAGAAAAUGUGCAAAUGCAUGACUUGGUUCGUGACGUAGCCCAAUGGAUAGCGAACAAAGAGAUUCGAGCAUUAAAUUUUUCUAACAAAAAUCAAAAGCCAUUGGAUGAAAGAGAUAAGAAUAUCAAAUAUUUGCUAAGCCAAGGAAAUCUAGUGGAUUUGUUUUCCUUUAGGUUUGAUGGUUCUAGAGUUGAGAUUCUAAUCGUCAACAUAGGCAUAUAUGACUCUGUGGAGGUCCCCGUUUCAUUCUUUGAAAAUAUUGUAGGGCUUCGAGUUAUGAAUAUAAGAUAUAAUGGUGGGUGGGAUAUUGAAGAGCGAACAACUCUAUCAUUACCACAAUCAAUUCAAUCAUUGACGAAUAUUCGUUCUUUGAUAGUUGAAAAUGUUAAGUUGGGUGACAUCUCUAUAUUGGGAAGCUUGCAAAGUCUUGAGACUCUUGAUUUGACUAAUUGUGAAAUUGACGAACUCCCUCUUGAAAUUACAAAACUGGAGAAAUUUAGAUUGUUGAACUUGAAUACUUGUGAAAUUAGAAGUAAUGAUCCAUUUGAAGUUAUCCAAAUAUGUUCAUCACUUGAAGAAUUGUACUUCUGCAGAAGUUUUAAUCAAUUUUGUCAGGAAAUAACCUUACCUACAUGGCUAAGAUAUCAUCUCAUUGAAGGUUUUCCUAAAAUAAAUCACUCAAUAUCCAAAUGUGUGUAUCUCGAACAUAAUUAUUUCACAGAAGCAACAUUUAAGUAUGUGAUCCAAACACUUGAGAUUCUUUAUUUGGGAGAAAAUAAGAAGGGGUGGAGAAAUCUCAUUCCUAAGAUCGUUCCUGUAGAACAAGGUAUGAAUGAUCUAAUUGAACUUCGUUUGGCAAAUGAUCCACAACUACAAUGCCUCGUAGACACUAAACAUAUUGAUUCUCAAGUACCAAAUGUUUUCUCCAAGUUGGUUGUACUACAUCUCUACAAAAUGGAAAACUUGGAGGAAUUAUGCAAUGGUCCCAUCUCCUUUGACUCUUUGAACAAUUUAGAGGAACUAUAUAUCAAAUUUUGUAACCAUAUGCAAAGCUUGUUUAAAUGCAGCCUAAACCUUUGCAAUCUAAAGACCAUGACACUAACAUCAUGCUCAAAGUUGGUUUCAGUUUUUGAACUAUCAACUUGUCGAAGCCUGGUGUUGCUUGAGACUUUGGAAAUAACUUAUUGUGAGCAAUUGAGAAACAUAAUUACAAAUGAAAGUAGAGUGGAUGACAUAGUUGAAAAAAUACUCGAUGGUGAUAAUAACAACAACUCAAUAUUUCCAAAGCUGAAAGUUGUUCUUAUUCAAAGUUGUCCCCAAUUACAAUUUAUACUUCCUCUUUUUUCUACUCGAGACCUUUUGUUACUAGAAACUAUCAUAAUAAGAGAUUGUGAUAAGCUGAAGUACAUAUUUGGCCAACACCAAGAUGUUGAACUUGCCUCACUAAAACUAUUGCAGCUUUGCGAUUUGCCAAAUUUUAUCGACAUAUUUCCAGAAUCUUAUCAUUCAACUAGUAAAGGGUCAUCUUACAUAUCCAAGCCAAAAACAGAGUUGGACCCUAUCAAAUCCAAUAUAUUCUCUUGGAGGCAUACAUGUUGUUAUGGUUAUAAAUACAAAUUGAAGGGUAUCACAAAUACUAAAAUUCCAUUGGUUUUUGAAGAUCAACCGCAAGACUGCUCAAUAUCCAUGGGAUUGCAGAAACCUCACCCAAUGCAAACUCAGUUAGCAGCAGCAAAAAUUGAAUAUGAAUACUUUGGGAUCAUGGCCCAACUUCUCAAGAGCAAGGCUCAAUCCUCAAAAACUUCUUCAAGCACUGCUUAA